AUAUACGUGUGAAAUAUAGCUGGCUGAAAGUUUUAGAAUUCGCAAAAUACAUUUAUCAGCAGUUCAACACGGUCCAUAAAGGGUUUCUAGUGGUUUUGUUCUGUUUAACUGUGAAAAUCAUGCAAAUUCUUCCCAAAUAAUACAUUGCGAAGCCUGGGGUUACAUGCAACUUUGUUUAAUUACAAGUAACGUCACUCGUUUAGCAGUCACACGCGACGGAGAACAACCGUAUUACUGGCUAAACAUCAAAGGAAUAAUCUAUCUUCUAAACAAUUAUUUCGAAAAUCGGAGGCUGGAUGAAACUGGAAAUUUACCACGGUCUGGAAUUCAAAGAUCUUUGUGCCUUAAGCCCUCUGGAUUGAGGUUGCAGCCUUAUAUUCUGAGAACUAGUAAGAAGAUACACUAUUAAACAGAAAAUAGCAAGACAGAGAACAGAUUUUUUAUUGGAUAUUCCCUGCAAUGUCAUCUAUGCAUUUACAAAAUACACUUGAUCGAGAAGAUGGUAACUUUUUAAGAUUGUACAGGAUGGUUGCUCGAGGUUCGACAAGAAGCCUUAUAAAUCCGUCUUUAAUAGAUGCACUCUCAGACAUAGAUGAAUCGAUGCUGAAGAAUCCCCAUGCAGAAAGGGAUAGUGCUUUAGCAGACUUUGCUCUAAGUAUCAGCUGUUUUAAAGAGUCUGUAAUAACGAAUCAAUGUACGUCGAAACAAGACGUCAUGAAAAAGGCAAAGGAAUUCUCCUCACUGAUGGAAAGAAAGCUGAGAUCCAUCUCAAACCGCUUCAAUGCUAGUACAAGUGAACUAGAAGAGAUGGUGGCUGAGGUUAAUGUAAGUUUUGAAAAAUACUUGACUGAUGAUUUUGAAGCAGCUGGAAUCAGAGGAUAUCAAGAAAGGUUGAUGCACAGGAAAUUUAAGGAUGCUUGGAAGCAGACCCCCAAGUCAUGAGCUUGAUGGAUGAGAUGUAGCUGGAACACUUACAUAACAAAAUCAGAAACGUGUUAAAGUAUAUAUUUUGAAAGAUUUUCUGAUUUUGAAGAUAAAAGACUAUAACUAUUUUAUGUACUAGAAUUUAGUUGUCAAAGAUUUAAAUUAAGGUAAGAAGAUAUGUAUAUAUAUAUAUGUAUAUGUUAAUUAAAUUUUUUAUGGUAGGUUAUAAGGUUAGAGGAUAAAGAGCAUUAAAAUUAUCAACUUUUCAUGUGUUUUAUUUUUAUCUAAUUGAAUUUUCUUAACUGCCCCAUUCAUGGCACUCACAAGGACUUAGACAACUUACAUGUAUUUUUUGUAAUAUGUAAGAGGUAGACAGCUGGCCUCUAUGCAUUACUUUUAUUUAUUUUAGAUUAUCCAUGCUUUUAAAAUAGGGUAGCAACUUUGAGAUGAUGAAAUAAUGCAAGAUAAAGAAUGGAUAUGUCAAUAUUUUAUUUUAUUUCUUAAAGAUUGAAAGGUUUGAGGCUUACCAUCAUGCUCUGUAACAGAAGUAUACGCAUAUAAAAAAUAUACUGUCAAGUUUCUUGAAC